AUGUGUGGAGAAGCGGUAAAUGUGGUUGUUUACGACCGAAAAAAUCAAACGAGGAAAAAUCUCACUGUUCAGAUAGAAAAAAGUCAAAGUAUUGCGUCGCUAGUGAAAUCUGUUGAAUGUGCCACACAAAUUCCGAGUUCAGAGCUUGAUGUAAUAUUCUGCGGGAAAAAGUUAUCACUGGCAACCUUUCUUAAGGAUUUAUCGCUGAGUCCUGCAACUAGUAUCAUGCUUCUUCGUCAGAAUGUAGUGACUCCAACGGCAUCGUCUGCGCAGCCUAAAACUGAAACGUCAAGUUUUAGCUCGUUUUACGUGUACUGCAAAUCAUGUGAAUCGAUCAAUAAAGGAAAAUUGCGUAUCUAUUGCUCUGGAUGCUCAGCAAAUUCAAUAAUCGUGAAACGAGAACCCGAAAAUUGGAACGACGUCCUCAAAAGUAAACGUAUAGAAGUUGACUGUGAAAAUUGUCAAAGAGAUCAUCUUUUUGCGGACUUUAAAUUUAAAUGUGUCAAAUGUAAUGAGAUAUGCGCAGUUUUAACACAUGCUCGCGGAAAUUGGCAACUUGCCGAAUGCUGCGUUUGUGAUUCGAAAGAAAGAGUAAUAUUUGACUUGGGCUGCAAUCAUCCUACGUGCCAAGACUGCUUCAAGGAAUAUCUGCUUCACGCUCUCGCAAACUUCUCGUUUGUUUCGCGUCCACCGCAUGGAUACACAAUAUUAUGCCCAUUCACGGGAUGCGAUAGAGUUGUUCAAGAUGUUCAUCAUUUCUACGUAAUGGGGAAGGAAAAGUACAAGGAAUACCAGAAAAGAGCCACCGAAAAACUCGUUGCUCUUGAUGAUGAUGGUGUUGUUUGCCCUAAUCCGAAUUGUGGCCAAAACUUCUUUUGGGAACCUUACAACGACGAUGGAAAAUCACAAUGUCCCGAUUGUUUCUUCACAUUUUGCAGAAAAUGCAAUGAGCGUGAUUGUGUAUGUCAUAAACAGGAUGAUUUAUCGCGAGUAACGAUUGAAGCAACAACUAGGAAAUGCCCAAAAUGUAAUGUUCCGACGGAACGAAACGGCGGAUGCGCUCAUAUUCAUUGUACUUCGUGCGGCUUUGAUUGGUGCUUCAAAUGUGUCUCAGCUUGGACAGAAGAAUGUCAAUGGGAUCAUUGGUUCUAA